AUGGCACCGCUGCCCUUCCUGCAUGGCCUGCAGGUAACCGUGCUGUCAGUGUUGUUGCUAUGCUGGGCAGGUGUGUGUGGUGGGAGCCCAGACCCUCGCCACAGAGACUCACUGAUACAGCAGGAGGCCUCCCGGCAAACAGGGGGCACUGUUCUGCUGACAGAGGCUGAGCGGAGGCUGAGCACUCACCUACACAAGUUGAAACGGCAGGAAGUGGAGGGGCCACAAUUCCCUCCAGCAAUGCACUUCUUCAAAGCACGACCCUUCAUCCAGCGUAGCCCAGUGUUUAAGCUGCUGCAGAAAAUGCCCAAAGGAGCUGCUCUGCAUGUUCACAGCUUCUCCCUGGUGGGUGUGGACUGGCUGGUGAAGAACGUGACCUACAGGCCUCUCUGCUACAUCUGCUUCACCCUCACCCAAUCAGUGCGCUUCGUCUUCUCUGCCACGCAGCCCCGCCCCCUUCCAUACUGUUCUUCCUGGGUCCUGUUGGAGACUCUGAGAGCCAAGGUGGAUAACACCAGUGACCUGGACCACAGCUUGAUGCAGAACCUCACAUUGUUCACUGGUGACCCUGACUCAGCGUACCCGAGCCAGGACACCGUGUGGGACAGGUUUGAGGAGUCUUUCAGUGCUGCAUCUGGGCUGAUCAGCCAUGUACCUGUUUUCAAGGACUAUUUCUACCAGGGUCUGAAGCAGUUCUACAUGGACAACGUCAUGUACCUGGAGCUGAGGUCUGGGGUGGCACUGACGUACGAGCUUGAUGGAAGUACCCAUGGCAGGGCCUGGUGCUUGAAGACCUUUCAGGAUGUGACCAGGAUGUUUGUAAAGGACUAUCCAGAUUUUCUGGGAACUCGAAUAAUCCUUUCUGUAAACAGGGGUCUGAAUGUGUCCGAGGUUAAAGCUGUGGUGGAAGAGGCCAUACACCUGCAGGAAGAGUUUCCAGAGGUCAUGGCAGGGUUUGACCUGGUGGGGCGUGAGGACAGAGGGAGGCCCCUCUGGUACUUCAGGGAGGCCUUGUCUCUGCCAGCAGAGCGUGGAGUCACCCUGCCAUACUUCUUCCAUGCAGGAGAAACAGACUGGGAGGGGAGAGAUGUGGAUGAGAACCUUCUGGAUGCCCUGCUUUUCAACACCUCUCGCAUCGGGCAUGGGUUUGCCCUGACACGCCACCCACUAGCCAAAGAACUCUCCAGGAAGAGGGGUGUGGCUGUGGAAGUGUGCCCCAUUUCCAAUCAGGUCCUGGGGUUUGUGUCGGACCUCAGGAACCAUCCUGCUGCAGUGCUCUUGUUGGAAGGCCAGCCGAUGGUGAUCAGCUCAGAUGAUCCAGCCUCCUUUGGAGCUGCUGGUCUCUCAUAUGACUUCUACGAGGCAUUUGUGGGUCUCGGUGGGAUGAGCGCCCAUCUAGGAACGCUCAAGGAGCUGGCUCUCAACUCUAUCAGAUACAGCUCUCUCUCCCCUCAACUGAAGGACAAAGCCCUGGCCCUGUGGCAGAGGAAGUGGGACCAGUUCAUUUCUGAGAACUUGCAAUAG